CAUAAAAUACUGGAUGUUAACAAGUCACAAAACGAAUUUCAAUUGAAAGAUAUUGAUGAGGCAUCCUGCGCGCCAGAGCAAUCUUCCCACACGGCAUUCAAUGGUACACGUAUUCAUGAAUCUGAAGCUGCGAUCCCUUCAGAAGCUGUCAAUGGUGCAAACUUUGAUCAUAUUUCCUGCCCGUAUCUGUCAGAAGAAGGUCUCGACAACUUUUCUGUAAAUGCAGCAACAAACGAUGAAGAUCCUGGUGACGACGAUCUCGAAGAAAGUGAUGGUACUGCCAGUACCGUGGUUGAAGUCCUCCAAUGUACCAGACAGGAAGACACUUUGAGCGACGAUGAUGAGGAUGAUAGCCAAGGAAACAGAUCUGAUCGAGGGAAUGACCUGAACAACUACGCUGAAAUUGGUGCUGUAUCGAGCACUGCAUCUUUCACCAAAGACUUGUUGAAGGAAAUAGCCGUUGGUGGUUCGGCCGACGUGUUUGGUUUCUCCUCUGAUAUCGGUUUGGUCGUCGAUGUAGAAAGCAAUCAUUCGGCAGAAUCUACUGUUUCUGUUUAUCCAGACGGUAUCGAUACCAAAAUGGGUCAUGUUCGUGAGGUAGCUAAGCAAAAUUCUUCAGACUCUGAAAGCGUCAGUACUUUAGAUUCUGAAGACAAGACUGCAUUGAGCGGCGAAACUUUAAGCUUGAAACUUCGUGAAUCUGCAAACAAGGACUCGCUUAUUGCCAAGUUGAGUGUACCUUAUAUACAAUCGGAUCAAAAUUCUGCUCAGAAGUGUGCUGUUCUGGAUGUGAAAAACGAUUAUUCUGUAACUAAUAUAAUCACCAAUGAAAUACAAAAGCCUUUGCCAUUAACUUCGAAUUUUCCGUUAUGUACAUCGUCUAGUGGAUCAAGCUCGAAGCCAAUUAGUGUCUUGACAAAUUCCCGACCUCUCGUCACAGAUGCUAGAAGAUAUUACCCUAAUUCUUACGGGAAAAUUCAUACAAGUACAUUAUCAUCCCAUUUAAAUCAGUCCAUUGAGGUCAAACGAGACUUUAGUAUUCCUGUUGCUGGUAAAAUCUCCACUGAUGUCCCGCUAUUAGGUGCGUGCAUCCCUGAAAGUCGAGUAGAGACAACCAGCAACAACGAUGCUGAGGCAUCAGUCAUCGAGAGACCGUUGGACAGAAAGCCGUCGAACUUAGAGAACAGAAAAGUUCCUGUCGUGAUUAACGAUGAACAUUUGGCAACUGUUCAAGAUUCUUCUCUACGUUCUGUGGAAAUAAAGAGACCCAUGAGCUUCAUGAGUGAGUGUUUCGGUCCAAAAAUCGCUAGCAGCCAGCGAGGUGUAAACAUUCGAAAAUCCGUGCCGGAUUGCUCGUCCGCGUACUUACAGUCGAUUAGUUAUCUUACUGGAAAUCAGAAAACUAUAAUUGGUGAUGAGGAACGAAGUUCUGGUGAUGGUGCCACACAAAAGGACGAACUAAGCACGACAAAAUGCAAUGACGUCGAAUUUUCCGAUUCGAUGGUGGAUGAUGAUGGCUGUGGUCAUAAAUUUAAUAAUGGACACACUGAUGACGACCGCGGCGAUGUUUUACACCCAACAAGUCCACCUGGCGUUGCAAAAUUUAUUCAUCGAGACGAAAAAGCUUCCUCAGGAACUAAUUGUAGUGAAGAAAACUCGAAUUCAUCCGUUAACGGAGUCGCCUUGACGGAUGAACAUGUUCCCCUACGUUUGAAAACUAGUGAUUCUUCUGCCAACAAUUUUCGUUUUUGGACGACUCUUUCCGCGCAUGCAGCACAGUCUUGGAAACGGAAAAGCGUUACCGAAAGUUCUCCUGUUGAAAGCGGAGCAUUGGAUGAAAAAAUCUGUGUACCACACAUGGUUCCAUCAUUAGCUGGCGUAUCACGUGAAAAUUAUCGGUCGAAACGGUCUUCGGAGGAGAAAAUACAACCUGUUGAAAAUAUUGAUAAAAAAUUUUGUUACGUUUCUAGAGAGCUUGACAAAGACUUCAAAUCAAAAAAUAAGAGUUUGCCUCGUAGCAUUUUAGGUUUCCCGAAAAAGUCUUCAACGAAGUCGAAAUUUAGUUGGUCCUCGUUCAAAAACCCUCUAAAGAUGAAAGUUGGUAGCAAUCUUACGCAAACUGGUUCUGUUGAAUCUAACGUGGCAUCUGAUACUCCUACUUCUUUCGAAUCAGUUUUUUUCGACGAUACUUCAUCCAACGAAGCCUCCUCAGAUUCUGAUUUUAAAGCAUCACGAGGUUUCGCUGAACUGAACGUUGACAGCCUGCGUUCGAAAGUAAAGACGGGAGUGACAGCCACCAUCCGUUCUCUCUCUCGCGAGUCUCCUGAUAUGAAGCCAUCAGCGCAGGCCAAGUCUUACAUCAGACAUCGACCAAUUUCUUCUGGUUUUCCGAACCCUGCCGAUGAUUCAGAUUCGAGCGCUCAUUACCGCAAUUCGGUCGUUCUCAAUGUAUCUAAUUACGGACCAUUUUCUGCUUCACUUGUGAAUGUUCCGAAAAAUUAUUGCGCAAUCGAAAACUAUGACUCAUGUCAUGCGAACUCCGAAACGAGAAAUAGCCAUAUAUCUUUGCCUGUUAAUCGAAUAUCUUCCGAAAUAGAAAGAGGCGUUCAAUCUACGGUCACGACAUCCGGCGAAGGUCUCUUAACUUCUGAACUGACGAGCAAUGCUAAGAAUUACAACACUGCAGGUAACUAUGUUAAUGUAUCUUCAACUAAAUGUUCGUCUUCUUCGCUGUCGGAAGAACCAACUCUUCAAGAACCUUCGUUGGCCGAGGGUAUAGAGUCCUUCAUGGACUCCGUCUUCGGCUCGAAAAACUGGUCCUCCAAUUUCUCGCAGGAACAGCUAUCAGCUGUGUCUCAUUGUCAAAAUUUGAACAACACUACCUUGUGCGAGAGAAGAGAAACGUCCCAGAACUCGCCGGCAGAUAAUAACAAUAACGGGAAAUAUCUGCGAGCAAUACCUCCAGUUUCUGCCGGUUUCAUGGCGUCUGAUUCCUGGGCGAUUAAAAAUUAUUGUGGAAAAAGUAGCGACGUAGCGAAAAACAGAGUGCACUGUCGUACUACCACCACAAAUUCGGUGAAAACUGUCUCGUCGUGCGGGCAUGACUCUUGGAAUGGUGCAAGUUCAUCUGGAUCGAAUUUUCAUGGCAAUGGUUCCAAUUUGCCUUGUAAAUUGAAACAUCCAACCACACAUGUGGGAGAUGCCACUCACAUAAAUGGUAAUUCUAAAAAUAGCGAAACUGUUGCGGAAAACGUUUCACUGUUGAACGAUUCAUGUUCGUUUGAAAAUCCACGGACCAACGCUGCAAGUCUCCAUCCCUUUGAUAGUUUCAAUAACUCUCCGCCCCAUGACGGGACACACCAGAUUGCGCCAAGGACUUCUAUCCACGUUUACCACAAUUACGACGUUGAACGAUCUAGACGCCGGGACAUCGCGUGUCCAAGAUUCGAAGGAGCACUUCAGCCCCGCGUGAAGGAUAUCAAGUCUGAGCAGAGCGUCGCUCAGCAACCUCAGGCAAACUUGCAUCUUAUUGGGAAUGAACAUGCAGGAUCUCUUGUGCCACUGGAGGACGGUUCUCGUGCGAUGCCCCCGCUUCCGUCACUAUUUGAUAAACACUUCACUCGACUCGGCACGCCGCCCGACACACCACGCUCAGUUUUAGCACUUGGGUCGCGAGUGCCCACUUCUGCACACAAAGCGUCACCGUCGUCUGCAUGUUGUCUAAAGGAACGAUGUUCCGAUGCUGAUGAGUCCCGAAGACGAGCGUCGCUUGUUCACCGAAGAUGUCUCUCCGAUCACCCCAGACGAAAUUCUCAGCAUAGUCGCGAGUCUUCCGUUGAGAGAACAUCAUGUGCCCAAAGUUCCAGCGACGCAUGGGGUUCCCGAAGGAGAUACGACGAUAUUUCCGACGAUAUUUUAGUCGCCGGAGACUCGUGCUGCCGUCACUUUGCCACGAAAAGUUCGUCGCACGACCGACCUCAAGUUGGAGCGCUGAGGCACAGUUAUCACGAAGACCUUUCGACUCGAUCGCUUGAUCGCCGUCGGAGUGGCUUCAGGGAGAGCCUGUCGUGGGGUUGGACCAGAGACGUGCCAUGUUGUGGCUAUCAUCACGGACUCCUUCCUACUGAUAUAAAAGACAGCAACUAUCAUCUCCCAGUUAUUGGGGGUGACCAAGGGCGUUGCUCUGCAUCGCAGCAAGAUGAUUUGGAUGCAAGCGGGUGUUGUUAUGGGGACUCGAGGUUGCAGGUGGAGCGACUGUACGACCUGGAGGCGAACAAGAGCAGCCUGGAGCUGCAGGUGUCGGUGCUACAGGAGCAGGUGGAGGCGCAGGCUGAGAAGAUCUCUGAGCUCGAGGCGCUGCUACGAGACAAGAACAGACAGCUCCUGCUCACUGAGGAAAGGCUCCAGAAGGAAGUGAUGGCGGUGAGCGGGCUGGAGACUCAGCGUCUGCAGCUGUUGAGUGAGCUGAGCUGCCUGCAGCUCGAGCAAGCAGCGGCCGCUCAGGGGUCAUCUGCUCGGUCCCCUCUCAUACAGGAUAAUUUCGGUGUUGGCUUGGCCACGUCUACGCCUGUGCGCUCCUACACCGCCUCGCCCUCAUGCUCCUUGUCGCCCAGCCUGGCAGGCUUCGUCACGCCCUCGGCACUGAACGGACCGUCGUCCUCGCCAGCGCCCGGCAGACUCCAGGACUCGGUCCGCUCCUUCGGUCCUCCCAGGACGCCGCCACCUAACUUCGGUCGGGAGGCAGACGCGGGGGCGGCGGUGCUGCGUGUGGCGCGCUGUGGCAGCGCCUCUACUGCCUCCAAGCCCACCACCCUGCCUCACCUGCACGCCUCAGGUGCUGGUGGCAAGUACUCUGCCAUGACCGCUGGUGUGGCUGAAGCUACCACCCGCACCAGUAGGUUUGCAUCAGAGCGCACUAGUAGCGUGGACGGAGCAGGAGAUGACACUAGUGGCACUAGUCCUGGUACUUGCGACGCUAGUAAGCCUGGUGGUGUUGGUCUGGCCCCUUUUGGUGCCCCUGGCAAGCGCUGCGCGUCGGCGCCUAAUUUAGCCGAGACAGAAAAGCAGUCGCAGUCUUGCCAUCAGUCGCCCAACAUCGCUCAAAGAUUAGUGAACGGACAGCACACGGCAGAGGAGCGGCAGACCUACGGCCCUGCGGACGGGUGCCUGGCCAGCCCUGGGUCUCCUGCAGACGGGGGCGGCAUGCGCAAGAGUCCGCCGUCCAUCAAGACUUUGUCCUCCGGUAACCUGCACAACAUCCAGAGCCUCGAGCAGUACUGUGACAACCAACAGCAGUCCUCGCCCAUCACGUCGCAUAAGCCUAACACCAUCAAGAAAAUAUUCACAAGACUACGGCGCAGCAGCUCUGGCAGACAGUCUCCCCCUGGGACUCGGACGCAGGACCUGCGCCGGGGCGGCGUCCGCGCCACCGCCACCGCGCGUCUCGGCGGCACCGCCCCGCGCCCCGUCGCUGGCGCCUGGCAGGAACCAUCAGGCUCCCUGGAGACCUGGUCAAGCGCAGACUGCGUCGAGUGGAUGACGGCACUGGGGCUGUCCCAGUACACCACGGCUCUCCGCUGUUGGUUAGGUGACCCCAGCAACCACCUGAGCAGAGCCACGUCUUCCCAGCUGGACAAGCAGCUGGGAGUGCGUCAUCCCCUGCACAGGAAGAAGCUGCAGCUCGCCAUCGCGUCCAGGAUGGGCUCCUACCCCAGCCUCGCCGCCACCUCUCCCAGCGAGCGUAUCGAGGGCAGCACUGCGAGUGCGUCGUGGAUAUCGCAGUGGCUGGACGACGUAGGCUUGCCGCAGUACAAAGACGCCUUCCACGAGGCUUGUGUCGACCCUCGCGUCCUGAACGUCCUCACAUGGGAGGACCUCGCCUUCCUUAAAGUCACCAGCCUCCUGCAUGCGGUCUCCAUCAAACGCGGCAUCCAGGUGUUGCGGGAGCACAACUUUGACUCCUCUGUCUUGUUGCGGCGCUCCAAUUCCUCCCCAACCUUCAACGACAGCGCCAAUAACAACAUCAAUAAUAACAGCGGGAGUAAUGGCGUGGCGCAGGAGGUGGAGCGCUGGACUAACCACCGCGUCAUGGAGUGGCUCAAGACCGUCGACCUCUCCGAGUACGCGCCCAACCUGCGCGGCUCUGGCGUUCACGGGGCGUUGUUGGUGUACGAGGUUCGUUUCAACGCAGAGGUGCUGGCAGCGCUGCUGUCCAUCCCUGCCAGCAAGACGCUCCUACGACGACACCUCAACACACACUUCAAGGAGCUUGUGGGGCGCGACGUGGUGCACGAGAAGCGCGAGGUUGAGAACGCGCCAGGCUUCUCGCCCCUCACCACCGCCACUAAAGUCAAGCCGAGCAAGCGGUCUCAGUUCUCCCUGAAGCGGCGCAGCAGCAGCAGUAGCAGGAACGGCGGCAAAGGAAGACCUGCUCUCGAGUUCGAUGACCUUCUCUGCCCCCUCGAGGAGCGCCGCCCUCGGGCUGCCCUCAGCGCCGCCUCACAACUUGCAAAUUCUCCGGAAACUCGGUAAUGCUAACCUCCCUGCCGUUCAUUCCCGCCAUCGCUCUCUCACGACACCGCGAGCUGCUGCUGCUGCUGGUGGCUGUCCUGACCAACGAACGCUGAUGCCUUGUUCGUCGGCAGCAAACGUGUGUCCUGCUGUCUAUCUCAACUGGAUCCUCACGUAUCUCUUUUGUAUCUUCACGUAGCUUUUCUGUAUCUACACAUGAAUCUAUUGUACUUCCUUGUGAAUCUAUUGUAUCUAUGUACAUGUAACCCACAUAGCAUAGGAAGAACCCGGCAGCAGAGACAAAAUCUUGAGCUGACCGUCGCUAUGUAAGUCUAUGGUAGCGACAAGGACCGAUGGUGCGGUCGUGGCUUGCCUGGCAGUUCCGUGUUGAAGUUUUUUAAUAACUCGAUCGUAAUUUUUUAUGAAGACAACGCUGGCUCGUCGUCGCCCCACAAAACUAUUCUUUCAAUGCAUUGGCAGCUUUGAAACGAGUACAUGUGAAGUAUUAGUGAGAACUAAAUGUUGCGAAGUGUAUGACCUUCUUUUAAUAGAUUCCUCUAACUUACAAGAGACGGUGUUAAGCUUGUGCGAAUUAUUUUAAAUCGACAUGCAAUGUUUUUGCCACAAGUUUCCAUUGGCUUUGUUUCAGUGUUCAAUUCGCCUAGUCUGUGCCAGAAAAAUCUUUCUUCUCUUAUGAAUUAUUGCGAUGUUCUAAUCUCUAAAAAAUAUUUUUAAUCUAUUUAAAUUGUUGUUUUUUCUUCCACGUAACAGGCGAUCAUGUUGGAAUGUUCCGUUUCUAGCUCGUCUAAUCUUAUACAUUAUGCUUGUAAUUAAACUAUUUCUGCAUAAAACAAUAAAAAACGGUGACUUUUUGGAUAGAAUUAACGGCUAACUUUUGCUUUGAUUUAAUUGUUGGCAACUAAGUUGGUUUAAAAUCCUAUGUGAAAUAAUGUAAGACAAAACUAACAUGAAGGAAAGCCAUUCUUGUCCGCUGCACACAUAAUGUUUUAGUCACAUUUUUCCUUUUUUUGUGGUCUGCUUGUGCUGUCCAUCGGCAUUUAAAUGGUAAUGUUUAUUUCCUGUUAAAUUUAUAGCGAAAAAGGUAUAAAUAAUUAUGGGAUUUAUAACAUUUUUAAUUUGGUUGUGUGACUUAGAGUGUUUUUAGUUUGGAGGAUAGCUAGUCUUCCGAUGAUGGCGUCACGUGCAGCUUAACGGAGAUUAAUUUGUGCUAGAAUAAUUCUCGUCUGGGUUCGAAUGUCGUUUGAAAUUGGGGGAAAAAUGCGGGAAAGAAACUCGGUAUAUUAUUAUGUAUGUUAUUUUAAUAAUUUGAAAGGCAGCUUUAUAUACGUUACUUUUAAUUUGGUUGUAGGUGCGUAUUUUUUUCUUGUAAAAGAUCACUGUAUGCUGAGGUGUAUUAAUGGAUCUAUUGCGCAUUCUUGUUCCAUGUUCGCAAGCUAUGUGAACUGGAACAAGAAGUGACAACUCUCAUAGUACGAAAUCUCGAUGUUUCCAUUCACUUUGUUAUUGGCUUCUGUAAGCACGCGACAAUGUCUGCUCUCUGCUAUUCCUUAUAACGUUUGCCUUGCAAAUUACGGGAUAAAACUCAGUGAAUUCUUCCGCAAUGAAAGAAAUUAAGCACGUUAUCGGGGCCGCGUUCUGAUUACUGUACAACAGCGCGGCUACAGUCAAGCUAAGAAACUUUCCACUUCGGGUAUAUUUUGUACGACCAGACGUGAUCUUCACGGUUUUAUCUAUAUCUGUUACGGUUUAUUAUUAUAACUAAUACCUAAGAUUAUUCAUAUUUAAAAAUUUCAAGCGGACCCAAGCCAAAAUAAUUUAUUUCUAUUGUUACAUGCGUUGGUAGAUUAUUUGACGCAACGAGGCUUUAUAUAAUAGUGUAGACUAAACUAUACGAUGCUCGUAGCCUCUUGAAGUCUUAUUGCGCCGCCAUGAAGCGAAAAGCUUCAGAACUUUACGUGGUCAGCGCUUCAAUAUUUGAGACGUUAAUUUACAAAUAACCUUUUUUCUGAACAUCCACUUGAGGAUACGAGGAAUAAAUUAACACGGAAUUGUUGAAGUUUUAUCAAGAAAACACGAAAUGCGAAUUUUCGGUUUCCUUUGUCUGCUAAUUUGAUCGCUACCGAAAUCUUUUUUAACUAAUCAUCUUCAUGAGCAUUUUUAUUCUAUUUCUACUUUAUAUUGUUUAGAAGUCGAGACAUGAGUAACAAUUGUCCUUAAAUUUAUAAUUUAGGAAAUCUUCUGAAAUGAAUGAUAGUGACGAAACGCAUUCGAGUCUGAAUGAUGAGGAAGCUUAUCGUGAUCUCUAGUGCACUAAAUAUAAAUGGGCCUAAAAAAAUAUUUAAAAGUUCGUCUUGCUUUCAAAAUUUGAUGCGUUUGAGAUGUUGAAUAUUGUAUAAUGUAUACUGAAUUCCUCGUUUUUAUAUGAUGAAUCAUGUACCAAUGCGCGCGUUUUUUUAGUUGAAGAAAUCUGUACUUAUUUGCUUGUAUUUCUAUUGAAUGCGAGUUUUUUAUUGAAUUGAGGAAUGUUUCGUAUUUAUUAUUAUUUUUUAAAUUCUGGAACGUUGUCUGAUAUUCUUGUUGGACGGAACGCAACUUAAAGGAAGAUCUCUCUUCAGAAAAUUGCAUAGAAGAUUUUUCAUCGCGAGAGAAAAUGAUCAACGGAGGUUGUUUCUGCAGGAAUUAUUUUCAUGUCUGUUGCUGACCAAACUUCGUUCUUGUCUGCACGAAGUUUCUUGGGCCGUCUAGUUUAACUUGUAUUCGCGCUAUAUAUAGUUUCAUCGCCUAAAACUGAGCUAACUUGUAAUUUUAUAUUGUGUGACUAAAGUUGUUAAUCUACGUU